GAUGAAGCGGCGGCUGCCGCAAUGGAGGAGUCCUCCAAGGAGGCGUUGACGAGUGCCAAGCAGCGCGAAGCUGAGCUUGCGGCCGAUAUCGAGCGCUUGCAACAGGAAGUUGCGGCGGCCAAGCAGGAGCUCGACAAGACAAGGGCAGAGGAUGAAGCAGCUGCCGCAGCAAAAGAAGAAUCCUCAAAGCAGGAACUCUCCGAGGCUUCUGAGGAGUUGGCAAAGCUUCGGGCAAAGGCUGCAGAGUUGGAGUUGGAGCUGCGCCAGUCCGAGGACGAAGUGACUUCCCAGGCACAGGCUGCCAAGGAAGCGCUCGCGGAGGUGGAGCGAUGGCAAGGGGAGCACGCUCAGGAGCUGGAGCGCGGCAGCACUGCGACUGCCGAGCAUCAGCAGGCUCAGGAAAAGCUGCAGCAGGAGAUGGAGGAUCUCCGAGAGACGUUGUCGCGACAGGAGCAGAACUACCAACUGAGCGGCGAUGAAUCCUUGAGCAAGAUUAGCGAGCUGGAGGCCGGGCAGACGGAACUCAAGGAGCAGCUCCAGCUGAGCAAGCAGGAGGCUUCCGAUGCCCAGAGUCUGUCCGCCAGCGAGUUGUCAUCAUUGACUGAGAAGUUCGCCACUGCACAGCGAGAGCUGGAGGCGGAGCGCAUUGCGCUCGAGUCUCUGCGGAGUGAUGUGACCGAGGCCCAGGCGUCCAAGGAGGCGCUCGAGACUGAAGUGAACAGCAGCCGCGCACAGCUGUCCGAUGUGGAAGCACAGCUGGCAAAAGAGAAGGCAGACGCCGAGACUCUGCGCUCCAAGUUGGAGGCGGCAGCAAACGAUGCUACACAGAAUACGCAUCAGCUCAAGAGCGAAUUGGAGGAGUUCCGAGAACGCACAGCCGCAGAUCGCCAGCAGCUCGCAGCGAAGGCGGGAGACAGCGAGGCUGCUCUCCGCACCGAGCUUCAGGAGCAAAUGGACAAAAUCGCCCAGGUCGCUGCGGAGCUGGAGGGUGAACGGACGAAGUCCGAGGCUGCCCAGAGCGACCUGGAACAGGAGAGAAGCACGGCUGAAGCAAGGAAUUCCGAGCUCGCCGAG